AUGAGACCGGUGACAUCGCUGAAUUGCGAUUGCAAGGCCAAGUUGGAAUUAGAAGCGCCGAUGUCGGAGGAACGUCGGAUGCGGCACAAUUCGGAUGUGGGAGAAACUUCAGGAAGUCAAAAAAACCAGAUGGGCCAAGUUACAUCACGAUCAGAUAUAGCAUAUGCGGUUAAUUUUAUGAGUCAAUUCAACUCAUGUUACACGAUCGACCACUGGAAAGCAGCAAAACGUAUCCUUCGGUACCUAAGCGGUACAAAGACGGUUGGACUGAUCUUCAAGCAGACGGGAGAUGAUCUAUAUGGUGUGGUCGACGUUUAUUGGGGAGGAAACCUGACAGAUCGACGUUCCUACUCCGGUUAA